GCAUUUGCAGUGCUUUCUGGCUUUACUGUCUGAGUUGCAGUCAGUGUUGACAGAGGCAGUAUGAGACGCAACUGUGCUCGGAUCGUGCAAGCAUGUGGAUAUUUGGAGGAAAAGAGAGUUUGACAGCUUACUCACAGAAACGAGUAAUGUGGAGGACCCUAACACUCUCACUGCUAGUUGUACUGUCUCUGGGCACAGAGGUGUCCCAGUCUCAGGAUGUGGAGUCCAUGGUAACAGAUGAAAAGCCAGUGUAUGAACUGCAGGAGAAUUUCAGUGAAACAGCCAUGGGGCUUGGAAACGCAAGACGCCAGAUCUUGGCUGCACAGUUUGAAUGCUAUCUCAAGAUAAUCCAUGAUCCUCCAACAGCAGAAGGCACUCAUUGUAACCGUACGUGGGAUGGCUGGCUGUGCUGGGGCGAUACAGCUCCAGGGACUGUCAUGCAGAUGUGUCCUGAAUACUUUUACGACUUUGACCCUACUGAGAAGGUUACCAAAGUGUGUAAUCCCGAUGGCCAGUGGUUCCACCACCCAGAGAGCAACAGAGUUUGGUCUAACUACACCCAGUGUCAGGACUAUACUAAAAAUAAACUCAAGUUUGCCCUCAGUCUCUACUACUUAGCUAUGGUGGGUCAUGGUCUCUCCAUUGUCUCCUUAAUUAUCUGUCUGAUCAUCUUCUCCUAUUUCAAGAGUCUUAGCUGCCAGAGAAUUUCUCUCCACAAGAACAUGUUUCUCUCCUUCAUCUUGAACUCCAUUGUUACCAUAAUGUGGCUAUCGUUCACCUUCAAUAACCAGGCCAUAAAUGCCAGCAACCCUGUGAGCUGUAAAUUCCUGACUGUGCUGAAUCAAUAUACGGUCAUAUCCAACUACUUCUGGAUGCUGUGUGAAGGGAUCUACCUCCACACUCUGAUCAUAGUGGCCGUCUUUGUUGGGGAGCAGCAGCUCUUCUGGUACUACAUCCUGGGAUGGGGUUUUCCCAUUGUUCCUGCCAUCACUUACGCUGUGGCUCGCGGGCUCUACUUUAACGACAAGUGUUGGAUCAGCUCACACACUCACCUGCUCUACAUCAUUCAUGGUCCCAUUCAAGCUGCGCUGCUGGUGAACUUUUUCUUUCUCCUGAAUAUUGUCCGAGUUCUGAUCACUAAGCUGAAGGAGACUCACUGUGCUGAGUCCACAGCCUACAUGAAAGCAGUCAGAGCCACCCUCAUCCUCAUCCCUCUGCUGGGAGUCCAGUUCAUCCUUAUCCCCUGGACACCAGAAGGACGCAUCAGCCGGGCCAUAUAUGAUUUCUUCAUGAACAUAUUCUCCCACUUCCAGGGACUCUUGGUGGCAAUAAUCUUCUGUUUCUGCAAUGCAGAGGCCCAAACCGCCGUGAGGAGGAAGUGGGCUCAGUGGAAGUCAGCCUGGGGCAAGACUGGCUGGGGUGAAACACCGAUCACCCACAACCACUACCACACAAACUCCUCCAUCACUGAAACCAGCCGCGCCACCAUCAGUUUAGAGGACCCAGCGUCUGGGAGUCCUUUCCAGCGAAAAGGAAGCAGCCACUUGAUGUCCAUGGUGCCACAGAAAGCCAACGGGCAGGACAAGAGCAGGAAGGUGAGCACCAAUGGAGAAGUGGACAUGCUCAACAUGCUGGAGACCACCAACAUCUGAGAGCGUGAUGCUCAGAGGUGCUGGUUGUUCUGCCAAACACACACAUAUAGACACAAUCAUGCAGACGAAAAAGAGAAAGGUUAACUGAUUGGGCUUUUAUUUAUGUACAUAAUGCUUGAAGAGCACUUAAAGCAUGUUUUACAUACAUAUACAGUAUAUACACAGGCACGCAAGUCUAGUUUUUGUACUAGGAGAACUGAUGAAAAAUAAUCUGUUCUUUUGCAUCACUUAAGUCAACUUACAUUUUUCAUAUAUUCUGUGUUUUAUAUAUAAAGUAAAUAUUAGGUGCAAAUCCCAAACCUGACAUUUUGAUAUCAUGCAUACAGAAGCAUAUAUUUGUGUAAUCUGUUGCCUUAAUGGAGUCUCUGAAUGCUUCACCCAUGUACCACUGUGACCAAUGAAUGUCAUGCCCACUUAUGUGACUGCACUGGGUCUCUUACAUCUUCGUAUUUAAAAAAGAAAGGUUUAUCAUCAGUGGUGUGAAUAAAGAAUGUAAGCCAAAAGUUUUUCACAGAAUACAUUUCACACCCUGAGAGAUUACUUGAGCUACAGAAACAGGAUGUAUUUAUUCAAAGAGUAAGUAUAAAAUGGCCAAAGGGAUGCAAUACAUUUAACCAUAAAAACACAUUUUUGGUAUAGACACUGCUGCUCCUGCUGCAGGCCACGAAGAUUAAUUGAACAGAAAAUAUAAUGUUUAAGUUUGGUUGUAAAUCAAAUUUGGGGGUCAAAAAAAAAGUUUAAGAUUUUACAUGCGUACUUCUUCAGCAAAAUCUGUCCUUUGGAAAGAAGCAAUGCUGAAAUGAAGACAUAUUUUUAUUUGAUGUAGUGGAGCUAUGUCUUUACUAGUAAAUGUAAUGUGAACAGAUACAAGUUUUUCAAGACUGAACUGAUUGUUUUGCAGAAAGUCAAAGAAGAAAUAUCUGCUACCUGACAGUUAAACAUUCAUGUAGAGCAGAGUUAAGCUCAUUUCAAAGGCAUGCGUGCAGAUUCAGAAAAACUCUGAUGUGUGAAAUUGUGAAUGUGGGGAGCAUGUGCACAGGAGGUUUAUUGUGCACAGGAGAUAUUUAGGCGCUUCAGUUUAUCACUGUCUUCAUUUUGUAUCAUGCCUUCUAUUUCAUUGUAUUGUAAUACAACAGACAAUUGUAUCUUCAGACAAACCAAGACGAUGUAGUGUAUAAACUGUUGUAUAAACUGAAUUUAUUGUUUGUUUGUUUUUUACUCUCUUAUUAAGACCCUUCUGUUAGCAUGAAAGUGAGACAAUUUAAAAAAGGAUGACCGGUGUCUUUAUGGUGUCUUUAUUGUUCCAGUGUUCUUUGUUAUUGCAGUUAUUUUAUUAUUUCUAAUGGAUUUUUAUUGUUGUAACAAAAUGUUUAUUUUCCAAAUGCACAAAUAUAAUUUACUGCCAUUUCACAAAAAUAGAAUUGAGUCGUCUUUUUCCGUUGCAUGUGUACUGUGCUGUAUGUACUCGGGAAGGCUACCAUAGCAGCAGCCAUAGCAGCAGCUUUUCAGUUUCUACUGGAUUACUGGGCGAGUCUUAUUUUUUUGAAAGUGAGUUGGUGUGAGUUGGCAGUUUUUGUAUUUUUUGAUGUUAUUCCAGGAUGCAUCCACACACUGCAUUCUUGGAAUGCAAAUGUUCCAGUGUGGAUAUAGCGGGGUACACUGAUGCAUGUCUAAUAAAACACCACUGUGGGAAUAAAAACAGCGGAGUAUGAGACUGCUUCAUGAAGGAGCAGUGAUUUAUGCUGCACAGGGAUCACUUCCUACACAUUUCGGCCAACGCUAAGCAAUAGAGAAACAGCUUUUGUGAAAAUAAUUGAAAAGAAAUUUGAGAAACAUUCCAGUAAAACAUCAAAAGAAAUGUUCAAGUCAAGCAUGUAACACAUAUUUAUAUUUUAAAUACUGCUGUUUAUGUGUGGAAAUAAAGCAGUUUGAAUAGAA